UGUUGGAAAAUUAAAUUAGGAGUCAGCUGAUUUAAACUUGUCUAAACAUAAUAAAAAUAAUUUGAUAAUUAAAUAUUAUUAUUUAGUUUAUUAAAAUAAAAUAAAUAAAUAAUAAAUUUGUUGUCAUGUCAGAUGAAUCAGAUUAUUAUACAGAACCUGUUGAGUGCAAUAUUUAUAAACGUAAAUAUCAAAUUCUACUUGAAAGAUGUGAAGUUUUACAGCAGGACAAUGAGAGACUUGUUUAUCGAUUUCAAAAAAUUCGAAAACUUUUAAAACGAACGAGAAAAGAAAAAAAAUUCUUAAUUGAUCGGUUAGAUAAACAUGGUGAUCAAUGGCGUGAUGCUCCGAUGGGAGUAUUGGAAGAAAAUAAUAUAUUUUCAGCAACAGUAAAGCCAGAAAAAUUAAAUAAAUGUGGAUUACCGGUUGUAAAAGAUGAAAAAUUAAAGAAAGGAACCAAACGAAAAGGAAUGAAAGCUGAUCCUAAUGCUCCAAAACGUCCAGCAAAUCCUUUUUUUCAAUUUUGUCAAGAACAGAGGCCACGUGUUAUGGAAAGAUUAGCUGGAGAACCAGAGCCAAGCAAACAAGAAUUAACGCGACAAUUAGCAACCACAUGGAAGUCACUUACUUCUGAAGAUAAAAAGGUUUAUUAUGACAUGUAUGAACGUUCUAAAGAAAAAUAUGUUGCAGAAAUGCAAAAAUAUAAUAAAAAAAGUGAAGAAAUUCCUAGUCAAAUGCCCGUUAAUUUAUAACAUAGAAUUGAAAUAAUAAAUUGUAAUUUUAGAUAAAUCAAAAUAUUUUUUAUUAAUAAAAAAAUUACACCAGCAGCUUCAUUGUAUA